AUGGGGAUUGACAUCACCGCCGGUGGCCGACAGAAGGUGAAGAAGCGCGAGGUGAAGUCGGACAACCCAUACCUGCUGCUCCUCUGCAAGCUCUACAAGUUCCUGGCCCGUCGCACGGACUCGAAGUUCAACAAGGUCAUCUGCAAGCGCUUGAACAUGUCUGGCAGGAACCGGCCUCCUCUCUCACUCUCGAAGCUGAUCAAGUUCAUGGGCGGCAAGGAGGGUAAGAUCGCCGUUGUUGUGGGCAGCGUGACGGAUGACAAGCGCGUGUAUGAGGUUCCCGAGCUGAAGGUUUGCGCUCUCCGCUUCACGGAGACUGCGCGCGCCCGCAUCCUCAAGGCCGGCGGGGAGUGCAUCACCUUCGACACCUUGGCCAUGCGCAGCCCGCUUGGGAAGGGCACCGUCCUCCUCCGUGGCCCGGUGAAAGGCCGCGAGGCCGAACGCCACUUCGGCAAGGCUCCUGGGGUGCCCAACUCGAAGACGGCCCCCCACGUCCGCUCCAAAGGUCGCAAGUUCGAGAAGUCCCGCGGACGCAGGAAGUCUCGCGGCUUCAAGGUGUAA